GUUUCAACAGGGAAUUUGGUUUGGCACCCCACCUAUUGGGUUUCGCACCCCACUUUAUUAAAAACGGGAAUUUAAAUUCCGAUUUUAAUACGAAAAAAACGGAAAUUAAAAAACCGUUAUGUAUUUUAGCAUAUGUGGCACAUUUUCAACCGUUCAUUGCAUAUAAAAAACAAAUCGGAAUUUUAAAUUCCGUUUUGAAAACGGAAAUUAAAUUUCCGUAUUGAAUACAUGGGGUGCCAAACCCAAUAGGUGGGGUGCCAAACCCAAAUCCCGUUUCAACACCGAUUGUCAUAUGUGAACUUGGCUUCCGUUUUUCUUCCACCGAUUCACAUUUUCAGGAUUUGACGGAAAGCCUCAAGUGAUUCUGGCUAGUUUCUGGAGGAAUUGAUUUGGAUCUGCAACUCAGUUGAAUUCAUCACAUCCUCAACCAGCUCAAAGAGCUCAGGAGUGAGUGUAGGAAAAAGAAAAUUGGGGAAGUUGAAGUGAAGGAUGGAGGGUGAGAGAGAUGGAAAAGAGGAAAGAGACAGACUCAGUGACUUGCCUGACUUAGUUUUGCUUCAUGUUUUGAAAUUUAUGAGCACAAAACAAGCUGUUCAGACUUGUGUAUUGUCCACAAGAUGGAAGGAUCUCUGGAAAGGUGUCACUACUCUUGCAUUGAAUUCCUCCGACUUCGCCACCGCGCCCCGUUUCAGCGAGUUUCUGUCUUGCGUUCUGUCUCACCGGAACGACUCAGUUUCCCUGCAUAAUCUUGAUUUGAGGCGCAAAGGUUGCGUUGAGCCGGAACUCCUCAACAGGGUCAUGAGCUAUGCUGUGUCACAUGAUGUCCAGAGCUUGACAAUAGAAUUUAAUUUGUAUUUAAAACUUGGUUUUAAGCUGCACCCUUGCAUCUUUUCGUGUCGGACAUUGACAUAUCUUAAGCUUUCCAUUUGGGCUAUCCCUUCGAUGACAGAACUUCCAAAUUCACUGCAGUUGCCAGCAUUACAUAGCUUGCAUCUUGAGUAUGUUACUUUUACUGCUGAUGACAGUGGCUGCGCUGAUCCCUUUUCAACUUGUCCCAUGUUGAACACUUUGGUUCUUGACCAAUGUAACCUACAUCGUGAUGCUAAAUUCCUCUGCAUAUCUAAUUCUAAUCUUUCAAGUUUGACCAUAGCUAGUACCAUUCAAGAAGUGGACUACAAAAUCGUGCUUUCUACUCCAAACCUUAGUUCUCUCUCCAUCACGCGUUAUCCUAUUCACCAAGUGUCCGCGUGCGAUCUUUCUUAUCUCGAACAAGUAAAUAUUGACGUUGAAGCCCAUUUUCAUACUAAUUCUGAGAGGACACAUUUAGCCCUGAUUAGUUGGCUGGAAGUGCUUGCUAGCUAUGUGAAGAUAAUGGUACUCUCUUCAAGUACCCUUAAGGUACUAAAUGUUCUCUCUUCUUCUGGUUCAACGAUGAGCCAACUUCCUUGCUUUGUUAGAUUGAAGUCAUUGAAAUUGAAAAUGAAAUCUUCUUCCUAUAUAUCUGAUGAGGAAGUAAGCAGGAUAGUGGAGUGCUUGGUUCGAAACUCUCCACUGGUCGAAGUUGAUAUUAUAGAUUGCUGAGUGAUAUGCAGGCUAAACUCUUCAGGUCAUCAGAGUUCUGAGAUGAGAUUAUCUCUCUCCAGCAGAUAAAACCAAACCUAGGCCCAAACACAACAGGUCCAUUGACUCUAAUUUUAAACCCUAAUACUACUUUCUGUUACAUUAAAAGUUAGACUCAGAUCAUGCUGUGGUGAAUGUCAUUAAACUGAUACUGAGAACAAAGAAUAAGGGGGAUGUCAUUGAGCCCCACACUAUAAUUUGCUGAAAAA